AAGAAGAAGAAGAAGCAGUGGCAACCAAAACUAAGAAUUUGGUUUGUAAUUGGAGAAAACCCAGCCAAUUGAAACAUAUAUGUGGACACCGACGUGUCUUCGAAAGGAGCCAAACUCUUAAUGUCAGCUGAAGAGAUGGCCGCCAGCUUGACAGUGCAGGCUGAGUCCGGUUACGCCAACGUAGUUUCUGCUGCGCCCUGCCAGUGUGACCCGCAGCAGUAUGAGACGCAGUACUCAAGGCUGCGCUCCUUUCUCUCAGAAACGGAAAUGUCCUGGGCUCAGGAGGUGAGCAGCCUUCUCUACCCACUCUUUGUCUACCUCCACCUGGACAUGGUGCGCUGUGGUCUGAAGGGAGCGAUGGAUAGUUUUUACACUCGCUUCCACAACACUUUUCUUUCGGAUAGCGAGCAGCGUGUUGUGAUAGAGCAGCUCCGCCAUGUUCUCACUGUACAGGAGGUUGCAGCAAACCCCAGAUUGAGAAUGUUUCUGGAACACAAGUACGUGGUUCACCUGACCGAACCGGCCUAUAGCUACCUGCUGCGUUACCUGCAGAGUGAGGAAAACAGCGCCCUCUGCAGGGUUCUCAGCACACACCUAGAGGUGGAGGUCACCGCCACAACACGUACAGACUACCAGUUGUACGAAGCCGCUGGUGGCUCCGUGGCCACGUCAAACUCUUCCUCCCGGGCAGGUGUAGAUAGAGCAGAAGGUGGAGAGGUGAUAGAGGUUCCUGCCGGGACGCCGCAAAACGAGUUGUUGAACACCGCGGAGGUGUCACCUGACAGCCGGCUGUUGGCUGCAGGCUUCGACAGCUCCACAGUCAAACUGUGGAGCCUCCGAGCUCGAAAGCUGAAGGCCAAACCGCAUCAGGCUGAUGUGUCCCGGAUCCACCUGGCAUGUGAUAUUCUAGAGGAAAAAGUGGAUGAGGAGGACAGCAGUGGCAGUGAGAUAAAGACAUUGAGGGGUCACAAUGGUUCUGUGUAUCGUACAGCUUUCCUGACCGAUAGCUCAGGCCUCCUCUCUUGCUCUGAGGACACGACCAUCCGUUACUGGGAUCUGGGCAGCUUCACCAACACGGUGCUGUACCAGGGUCACGCCUACCCAGUGUGGGACUUGGAUGUCAGCCCCUGCAGCCUGUAUUUUGCUAGCAGCUCAAAUGAUCGAACUGCUCGGCUCUGGACGUUUUCUCGCACCUAUCCGCUGCGUCUUUACGCUGGGCACCUCUCUGAUGUGGACUGCGUCAGGUUUCACCCCAACUCGAACUACCUUGCCACUGGCUCUUCAGACAAGACGGUUCGACUGUGGAGCACCCAGCAGGGUUCGUCCGUUCGCCUCUUCACGGGCCACCGCGGCCCGGUGCUGUCCCUCGCAUUCUCGCCGAACGGAAAGUACCUGGCGUCUGCUGGAGAGGAUCAGCGGGUGAAACUUUGGGACUUGGCAUCAGGGACGAUGUUCAAAGACCUGCGUGGCCAUUCGGACAGUGUCACCAGCUUGUCUUUCAGCCCGGACAGCAGCCUGGUGGCAUCGUCCUCCAUGGACAACUCCGUUCGUGUGUGGGACAUCUGCAACUCCCACACUGGGAUGUCUCCCGAUGGCUCGUCCAGUGAACUAGUGGGGAUGUACACUGGAAACAGCAGCAACAUUUUAAACGUCCAGUUCAUGUCCUGCAACCUGCUCCUUGUGACGGCAGCAGCCCAGGAGAAGGCUGAACCGUAGCCACUGCUGGUUCCACCUGUCCAGGUGUUUCCUACUCCUCUGUUUAUCAAACUGAAAAAUGAUAAAAUGUGUUAUUCACCUGAAAUCUCAUUUUCUAAAACUGGCUGAGAUGUUACGUUGAAUAAAUGUUGUCAUAUAAACCGGCUCGUUAAAAUUU